AUGCAGUGGACGCCGGCGCCGGAAGAGGAGGAGUCUGAGAUCGCGGCGCAGUUCUUCACGGCGCGGUACCCUUGCCAGAACGAUCGGCUGGAGCACCGCGAGCAAGAUGAGCUAGGUGGCAUGGGAGCACGUAGCAGCUCCGUGCAAUGGCAGCCUGACCGCGGGACGUGCUACUGGCCGCCUCUCAGUGGCGGCGGCUCCGGCACCGGCGGCGGCAGCUACCACGUUGGCGGGUGUUGCUACUACGCCGGCGAGCCCGACGUGUCGCUCGGUGUCAACACGAUCCCAUGUACGUCCAUCAACCUCAACCUCCUCGUCAGCGACAAUGGCGGCGCCGGAGUCCGCCGUAACGUGGCGCCACGGCUGAAGCGUAAGACUCGGCCCGGCCAUGGGGGAGAUCUUGGACGGCGCAAGAAGAAAGCUAGAGCUUCAGACACGAAGAACCAGGAGAAUAUGCAGUGCACCAGCUGCGCCGACAGCGAGUCCAAUUGCUCCCGAGGGAACUGCGGCACGGUGGAUCAUGUCGCCGGCGGCGGGAAUGGGAAGGCUCCUGCUCGCCGGGGGUCAGCGACCGGCGCCCAGAGCCUCUAUGCAAGGAGAAGAAGGGAAAGGAUCAAUGUGAGGCUCCGGAUUUUGCAGAAGCUGGUACCCAAUGGAACCAAAGUGGAUAUAAGCACAAUGCUUGAGGAGGCUGCCCACUAUGUCAAAUUCUUGCAGCUAUAGAUCAAGAUGCUUAGCUCUGAUGAGCUGUGGAUGUACGCGCCAAUUGCUUACAAUGGCAUGGACUUAGGACUCGAUCUGAAUAUGUCACCUGCC